ACUCCCUCUCCCACUCCUGCACCCCCGACGUCACCGUCCACCGCCAGUACACCACCACUCGGCACUCGCUGCACCUGGGAGACCGGCAAAGCGAGGGGAGCCGCGCGGGAGGCGUCGCGUGUUCCUUGCUUCGUCCUCACGUGCCGUGGCCACCCCGCUUCCUCCUCCUCCCCCCGUAUCCGUCCUGUUCCCCCACCGAGCUAACCGGCGGCGGGGGUGUCGGCCAGUGGGCGGAGGCGAUGCAUCACGAACCGUGGCGGCCUGGUGCUGAGACCGCCGGGGCGGGGGCGGGGCCCGCGCCCACCACCGUCGACGAGGCGUCCAUGGAGCGCAGCAAGAGCUUCGUCAAGGCGCUGCAGGAGCUCAAGAACCUGCGGCCGCAGCUCUACUCGGCAUCGGAGUACUGCGAGAAGUCCUACCUCCACAGCGAGCAGAAGCAAAUGGUGCUGGACAACUUGAAAGAUUAUGCUGUCAGGGCCCUGGUCAAUGCUGUCGACCACCUUGGCACAGUUGCCUACAAAUUGACAGACCUGUACGAACAGCAGGCUUCAGAAAUUUCAACCCUUGAAUUGAAAGUAGCAUGCUUAAACCAGCAAGUCCUUACCUGCCAAACUUACACGGACAAAGAAGGCCUUAGGCAACAGCAGAUGACGGGGGCUGCCAGGAGACACCACAAACAUUACAUCGUACCAUAUGCGGGAAAUAAAAGAAUGCAAUCUUUUUCUGAGAUGCAAGGCAAUGCUGAUUUUGACUCAACACCUAGACCUUACUCCUCAGCAAAGACCCUUCAGUGGCAUUUGGUUUCAGAGAAGAACUCCAAGAGCAAUAGACCUGAUCAGUCUGAAUCCACCCCAGGAGAAACAAAAACUACUAAGCCUUCAUCAAGUGGCUUCCGCCUUCUCGGCAAGGAAUCAUCUGCAUCUCCCUUGUCCAAACAUGUGCAAUCCAACUUGACCAGCUUGGAUAUUGUUAGUGUCGGCAUGAAGGACCAGCCCGGGACAAGGCAUUUGUCAUCAUUCAGUUCUUUUGACAACCCAAGAGGGCGUCAAAUCCAGAAGGCUCCGCUUCGCACAAAAAGUAUGUUAGCUGCUUUCUUUGUUAAGCACAGAUCAGCAAAGAUGAAAAACGUCUCUGUUCGUUGAUCAACGGCAAGCCUGCAGUUUGCUGCAGCCAUACCAAUGUGGAAGUCAAGGACAUGGAAGAAGCUAUGUAUACAUGUUGUAGAUUGUAUUUGGAUCUUGUAUAUUAGUGCUCUAUAGAUAAACCUCCUGAUACCCUUUCAAUCUGUAUCUUAAUGCUAUCUUGCUGAUGGCCUAAAUGUAAUGAUUUAUAUGGAUAUACAGUAAUAGUUCUAUACCGUAGUGCCAUCUCAGUGUCCAGGAAAUACAGUGUAAACGGAAUGUACAAGGAGUCGAGUAUACUUUUGUGCGAGAAAUAAAAGGUGGAUGGCUCAUCUAAUUAGGUGAAUCCAGUAUGUUA